AUGUCUCAACAACCGAUCAUUACGUUAUCCGAUCAUCUCGAGAAGCAGAAUGGCGCUACUUUUAAGAAACUAUACCAACAGCCCGCUACGGCUUUCGCCAUCUUCCGCCGGAUGCUUCCCCCAUUAGCCAAAACCUUUGUCAUGUCGCUUCUGUAUAUGCCGCAGCCACUGCCGCUUACUGCUCUGGACUCUUGGGUGAAGCCAGAGGCGAAGAAGAACAAGGACCAGGCGCUUUCCAUUCUACGUUCUAUGCAUAUUACUACCAUAACACCAGUUACCAAGGAGAAGCCGAUACAGGAAAUGUCGUUGACUCCCAACUUCAAAAAGUCACUACGGUUGGCUCUUGAGGGUGGCGGCUCUCACAAUUCAUUCGGUGUUCCAUCAAGCCUGCCAAUACCGCCACAGGUCGAUGUCGCAUUUUUGGAUAAAUGGGCACGGUCAAGAUGGGAUGCCAUAUUACAUUAUGUGGUCAACAGCGUUGAAGAGACGGACUCGAUGGAGCCAAGCAAGAAAUACAACUUUGGAGGUUCAAAACUUCAGGAUACCGUCAAAACUCUGCUCGUGCAGGGUGGGCUUGUCCAGCGUCGAAGCUCAGAAAGGAUCAGCAUCACAAAAACAGGCUUCACGUUCCUCCUGCAAGAGGCAAACGCCCAAGUAUGGACGUUGCUCCUGCAGUGGCUACACAGCGUCAACGAGGACAACACUAAUAGGGCAGUUGACAUGUUGUCCUUCCUGUUUAUGCUUGGCACUCUGGAACUUGGUCAAGCCUACGAUACAGGGGCACUUUCGGAAGAACGCCGGAAUAUGCUGCCUGAUUUGAACGACUUUGGUCUGGUAUACAUACCGCCCAGCAAUCCAGAUCAAUACUUCCCUACUCGUCUCGCCACAACCCUCACUAGUGGAUCUUCGGCACUUAGGAGUGUUAGCUCAGGCGUUGCGGCUGCCACGGCGGAGGCGGGUGAGAACAAUACCAAGGGGGCCAUCAUUCUAGAGACCAAUUUCCGCAUCUAUGCGUACACGAGCACGCCGCUCCAAAUAGCCAUUCUGGCACUCUUUGCCAACCUAAAGAUGCGCUUCGCAGGUAUGGUUACUGGACAGCUCAGUCGGCACUCGAUCAAGCGUGCCAUCUCCCACGGCAUCACAGCCGACCAAAUCAUCGAAUACCUAGCAUCACAUGCGCACGAGCAAAUGCACCGCAUCGCAGCCAUCCGCAACAAGCCAGUCCUGCCACCUACAGUUGUAGAUCAAAUCCGUUUGUGGCAACUCGAGACGGAGCGCAUGCAAGUCCAGAGGGGCUACCUAUUCAAGGAUUUUGAAAGCCAGGCCGAAUUCAAGGCCAUCGCCGACUACGCGGAUGAGGUCGGUGUUUUGAUAUGGCGCAGCGACGCUCGGCAGCUAUUUUUUGCUAGCAAAACAGCAGAGAUUGCCAACUUUAUCAAGUCGGAGAAGCACCGUAAGAAGCUUGCUGCCUAG